UUAAACAUGAGUAUACAAUUAGUUUGGUCAAACAACCCCAAAAUUGGGUCAAACUGGGACCUAAAGGGUAAAAUGGUUAUCUUACUGAGAUAUUAACCGGAACAUCGGAUCACCAUAUGGAGAUUCAGUCCAAAAAGGGUAUGGAUUUGAAAGUAGGAUAUACAGGGAGGAGAUUAGCAUUGGCAAGGAGUAGAUUUGUUGUACUAUGGAGGGAGAACAAGAGGAGAGAAGUUGGAUACUUAGCUGAAAAGGAAAAAGAACUAAGAAGAAGAAUUCGGAAGAAGAAGAAUUCGGAAGAAGAAGAAUUAAGAAGAAGAAAGGGGGAGGAGGCAGCCUACCACGCGCGAGGGCAGCGGUGGUUGAUCCACAUCUGGUUGGUGGGGCUGGUCUCCUGUCUCCCCAAGGAAUCCCCCUGUGGUCUCCAAUUCCUGAUCUGACGCUUCAAGUUAAUAUCUCACGUAAGAUAACUAUUUUGCCCUUCAAGUCCCAGUUUGACCCUAUUUGGGGUUGUUUGACCAAACUAAUUUUAUACUCGUGUUUAAUUAGUUAAAAUAGAGUUGUGUGUGGAAUUUCAUUGAUAGCAUUCAUAGUUCUAUUUUUUACAAUUUUUGAACGAUACGCAAAUCGAGAUAAAGUUUUUCAAUUCUGAAAUUGGCGAGAUUUUUCGUUCUCUUUAUAAAUAUAUCAUUUAUGUUAUAAAUGUUGUUUAACAUGUUUGUGAACUUAUGAUCAGGUGGUUCGUAUUGAAUUGGAACUCUGGAUCAGUUAGGGUUUGGAAAUGUGCAUUGGAUAAUCGUUUGAAUUGUUCAAUGAUUGAGAGAACUCAGGAUCCUUUUCUAUUAAAUAUAAGUGCACACAAUAUCAAGUGGCAGAGGGUUUACGUUUCAAGUUGAAACCGUAGAGGGUUUCAUUGAGUUCGUAAAUGCAAGUGCAACCCAGUUGGUCUUCGGACUUGAGGCGAAUUGUGAUUUGGGAGCGUCUCUUUUUUAGGGUGUAAGACUCCUAAAAGGUUGGAUUGUAUGGGUCGUAUCGACCCUGAGUAAUCUAUUAGGAUAUUUUUUUCUGUGGUUUGACACUGUAAUGGUAUGACUUUAUCGUUUUCGUACAUAAACUAUUUUUUGUUUAACGUUUUCACAUUAUUAGCUAUGAAUGUACUUUAUAAUAUCAAUCAUAUCAAAGUAUUUAUUUUCGAACCUGUGUGUCUUAGAAUUGAGAUUUCUUACAGAGUUGUUGAUGCUCACCCUAUGUUGUUUCUUUUUUUCAAAUUUACACGAGUGGUAUAAAUACCGAGUAUGUCGGAUUACCAACUUAUGUUUAUAUUAACUUAAUGUGUUGUAACAAACAUGUACAUUGUAAUAAGUUCGAAUUAUAUUAUUAUACCUAUAAGAAUGCUAUAAUGGAGCGUAACUAUUAAGGAUUGCUAAUUAUAUCACUUAUGUUUUGACAGGUUUUAUAAUAAAGGGGAUAUCCCUAAAUUAUUCUAUACGUGUUGUCAAUGUGUGUGCAUACAUAGGGGAGAAAGGGAAAGAGAAAUACAUCAAUAUCAAAAUUGAACAAAAAAACUGCAUAAUGAGCUCACAAGCAAGCAUAAAAUUUGUCGGGUGAUGUAAUAUUAAAAAAUAACUUUCAUGAUACAAGAGAAAAGGGAAAAAUAGAAAUCAAACUGGCUAAUUUUCA